UGUUUUGUUUGUCUGUCUGCCGUCAUAACCUCUGGGACCGCUGGCUGGAGUCAAGCACGGGACGUCUGCCAUCCUCUGCCGCUCAUGAGGGCUCCGGUAGCCACCGAGAGGAACCGGCGCGGGGUCUGUGGAGUCUAUUAUUGCUGGAGGAGAAUCUGACUAGGCAUUAUUUUUUGCCCGGUGAUAGAGGCAGAAGCAGCGGCGCAUCUUUCUCCCCUCCCUUCCCUGCUCCUCUGUUGCCCUCCACGGCCGCCGCAGUCCACCGACCAUGGCCCUGGUGACUCUGCAGCGAUCCCCCACCCCUAGUGCGGCAUCCUCGGCUAGCAGCAGCGCGGGGGAGGAUUUUGGAAGUGAUGAUGACAGGAAAAAUAAUCAGAGCAUCAGUGAGAGUUUCUUUAUGGUCAAAGGAGCUGCCCUGUUUCUCCAGCAAGGUGGCAACACAGAGGAACCAAAGACACCGACGCAUCACAAACAUGCAGGUGAUUUACCUCAACAUCUGCAGGUGAUGUUCAAGAUCCUACGGUCUGAGGAUCGCAUCAAGCUGGCGGUUCGCUUAGAAAGCGGAUGGUCGGAGAGAGUGCGUUAUAUGGUUGUGAUUUACACCAAUGGCCAUCAAGAUACAGAAGAAAACAUUGUUUUGGGAAUGGACUUUACUGAUAAGAACAGUAAAAACUGCUCCAUUGGGAUGGUUCUGCCUCUGUGGAGUGAUACCAACAUUCAUCUAGAUGGAGAUGGAGGCUUCAGUGUGAACACAGCAGGGCGGUCACAUGUCUUCAAGCCUGUUUCUGUGCAGGCAAUGUGGUCUGCCCUGCAGGUCCUCCAUAAGGCCUGUGAGGUGUCCCGCCGGUUCAACUACUUCCCUGGUGGCAUUGCUCUUACAUGGAUGGCCUUUUAUGAGAGCUGCAUCACCUCAGAGCAAAGCUUCAUCAAUGAGUGGAAUGCCAUGACCGACCUGGAGAGCACCAGGUCCGACUCUCCCAACAUGUUCGUCGACGGGCCAACUGAGCGAGAAAGAACCGAGUGUCUUAUCAAGGCCAAACUUCGCAACAUCAUGAUGUUUCAGGAUCUUGAGAACAUCACCUCAAAGGAGAUCCGUAAUGAGCUGGAGCAGCACAUGAGCUGUAACCUCAAAGAAUACAAGGAGUUCAUCGACAACGAGAUGCUCCUGAUCUUGGGUCAGAUGGAUAAGGCCACUCCUAUAUUUGACCACGUUUAUUUGGGCUCUGAGUGGAAUGCCUCCAACCUCGAAGAGCUGCAAAACUGCGGGGUUGGUUACAUUCUAAAUGUUACCAGAGAGAUUGACAACUUCUUCCCGGGGAUGUUCUCUUAUCACAACGUCCGCGUGUACGACGAGGAUGCCACCGACCUGCUGGCCCACUGGAACGAUACCUACAACUUUAUUGUCAAAGCCAAGAAGAAUAAUUCAAAGUGCCUGGUGCACUGUAAGAUGGGCGUGAGCCGCUCUGCUUCCACAGUUAUCGCCUACGCCAUGAAGGAAUACGGCUGGUCACUGGAGAAAGCCUACAACUAUAUCAAGCAGAAGAGGAGCAUAGCUCAGCCAAAUGCUGGUUUCAUGCGGCAGCUGGCCGAAUAUGAAGGAAUCCUUGAUGCCAGUAAACAGCGUCACAACAAGCUGUGGAGGCCUGACACAGAUGAGGAAGGAUCAGAUGAUCUGCAAGCAUCGGGUCACAGUACAGGUGGAGAGGAGACUCCGGUGCUCGGAGGGGAAGAGGCCUGGGGAGGCUGCGGGGCGUCUCCAUGCAGGGGUCUGGAGAUGGAACCCUUAGACUCUCUGAAUUAUAACUACUAUUUCAGACGUUUAUCAGAUUCUGCUCUUGACAGCGAGCCCUCCACCCCAGUGAGGGGACCUCCUCUUUUAGGCAUGGAGAGGGUUUUCAUCGAAAUAGAGGACGUGGAGCGAGACGCUCUGCUAGAGGAUGAGGGCUUCCCCAUGGCCCACCUUACUCUGCCCGGAGAGGGCACGGCCGCUCAGACAUGCGGACGCGUCGACCCAAUGGAAGACAUGAGACUGAGGCUGGAGUUCAGCACUCUUGAGGAGGAGGAUGAGGAAGAGGCCAAGAAGGAGGAGGAAGAGAUGGCAGCCUUGGCUCAAACACCCGGGAGUUCAGAUGGAAGGAGGACAGGAGAGGAGGCUGAGGGGAGCGAGGAGAGCCAGUUGGGUUUGGCCAACCUGAACACAAACAACAGCAACCGCCUGGCUGCAAAACGCAGCUGUCCUGCAGCUUUUGAUGACAGCGCCAGCACAGGGAACCCAUUAAAAGUGAAGCCUUCCUAUCAGUCCUGUAAAGACUGCAUGCGUCUUCCACAAGGGCGGCGCUGCGACCGUCCAGCAGGGGGCCGUUCCCACCGCCUUAACCCAUCCCGCCACUGCACCGUCCCCUCCAUAUGCAUAGAUCCUCCAGGAACACACUUUACAUCAACCCCCAAAGUCAUUCCUUCUAACUUGGUCCAACCCUGCACUCAUUUCUACCAAUGCUCUAGCUGCACGCUUGGUGACACGACCCCCCCUGAAGCCGACCACCAAAAAGUUUUCUCUCCUAUGAACUGUGAGGAAACUCCUCCAGACUGCAGCUCGGCAGAGGAUAUGGAAGAACCGCAGAACGCGGAUCAGACGGACGAGGUUAGGAGGCAGAAUAACGAUGCCAUCGAAGUGACUGAAGCUGACGGAUUGAAAUUUUGUGCUGAAAUUGCAAGCUUCCAGUAAGGCCUCAGAUUGAUGCAUCCAUGAAGGAGCUGGCUUAGCACUGCCUUGGCUGUGAUGCUGUGGUGAUGCAGCGGCCUCUGCUGUACCAUCCUUGCCUCGUAGCUUCAUAAACUAAAGCUGUACAGAGAGCACCCUGCUAUAGAAGCUGGCCUUUUUCAAAACAUGCUUGGAUUGGCCUGAGUAAGGAGAGAGACCUCCUGAUCACCUGUCCAAGAGGCUUGUAUGAACCCUGUAAACGUUCCAGUCCCACCACACAUUUCAGUGAUGAUGCUGCCGUCUUACCUUCAACACAGGUUGUCAGAUCUAUUUUUUUUUUAAGCACCAGGCACAACACAACUGGCUUUCGUCAGCAUGCUCUAUGGUUUCAAUCAUAUUCAAAGUAUUCAGUAUUUAUUAGUGAGUUAAUACAAUAUUUAAAAUUGAUCUCAUCAUGUUACCGUCUUAUCUAACUUCAGCUAUACUGUGGCUACUGCAGCUGCUUUUUGCUUUGUGCGUGAAAUCACAAUCAUUUCACUAAAUUUAAAAAGAUAUAAUCAUAUCAGUCUUUUAACUUCAAGUAUUUCAGACUGUUUUGGUGAAGGACUGUUUUGUUCCCAUUGUGCUUAUCUUAUUCAGCUUCACCUCCUCUGUUAAAAUUAAUUAAGUCGUCUACUCUAGAGACACAGUUUAGCCCACAUGUAGGCAUGCAAAUAAUAUUUAAAGUUUUCAUCACAUUCAACAUUUUCUGCUGAACUAAAUAGUGUUUGGAUUUAUAUUGUACCUUGAUUGGUCAAAGUAUGUAGUAACAGCUAAAAGCACAUUGAUUUAAAGUUGAAAUCUGUCAUUUUUCGACAAAAAAAAUUGUGAUUAAACUGCAGUUCCAUUUUAACUGAGCUAUAAAUUGCUCUCGACCUCCAAUCCCUCGCUUCUUGUGUGUGUUUCUACUGUUGGAUGUAAAACUGUGCUGUUACAUCAGUAAUGUCACCUGAGAGGGUAUUUUCCAUCUAAAGAAAAGAGUAGACCCCUGAAAUCUACCCUGCAUCCUGGAAAGGGUUGGUGUUCAGAGUUGUCACAAUUUGAUGACAACCCGGCCAUGGCGGCCUCUGGCCAAGGCUUAAACCUCAUCACACCCCCAUUUUCCUCCAAAUACCAUAACCUACAGUAUUUCAAGGCAAGGGGCAGUAUGCUCGUCUUCAAAACGAGCAAAGACUGCUAUGGAGACUGAGGGAAGUUUUAAGAUCAUCAGGGUAAACUUCAACAGCAAUCAGCAGUUUAUUGAUUAGCAGAGCACCUAAUUUAUUUGGUGCAUAAUUUUAACAACAGUCGCAGCACACUGUAUGAAAAUAUCUCCGGCUUUAGAGCCUUGGUGUAAUAACGGUGCUGUUUGAUUCUCCACAGUAGGACUGAAAGUGAGGAUUAAGGUGCAGAAACCUCUUUUUUUAAUAAUAUUUAUAUCAGGAAAACUGAAUGCUGUGAAGAAAUGUCUUCGACCUUCACACUAUAAGGGUUUCCAAAUUUAAGGAAAGAUUUAGCCUUAUUUCAAGUCAUGGUGACUUUAGAGGUCAUGGGGUGAUCUAAUCUUAUGUUAAAAGGGCUUAAGAAGGUUAGUCCUGCUGGCUUUCUCAAGCCUGUAAAGUUUUGUGCAUCGACCAGGCAUAGAAAUAGUGCUAUUUGAUCUGGUCAGUAAUAUUUUUGUUUUUGGAAAAAUAUAGCUACAGAAUAUUUAAUCUAAAGACAUUUUGAUAAUAAUCAUCCGUUUUGUAAAGAAGGUGAAACUCUAGCAAAAGUUGGAAAAUAUUCCAUAUUUCUGGUAACUAUUAAUGUUCCAGACUGUGAAUGGUGUAUGGAACAUGUAGUUUUUGACAAAUCUGAUUUGUUCAAAUAUUUUUGCCCGCUUUUUAUUUAAAAAAAUAAAUAAAUUAUUUUACAUGGGCAUCUAGCCCAAAUCGUCCAAUUUUUGUCCAAUUUAUUGGAAGUUGAGCCAUGAUUCGUUCCUCUUCAGGUUUUCGCUGUGUAGCUGAUGAUGAGUUCUGCUUGUUUAGGGCUAAGGCUGAAUGAUGCCUGUUUGUGUGCAGAAAAAGCAUGUUAGUUAUAUUGUUCUGACUGUUCUGAGCACUUUAGGCAAAAAGAAGAGCUGGAAAAAAUAUUGAUGGUAUUUACCUUUUCUGUAUUACUUUAAAUAUUUUUAUAUGUCUUAAAAAUCAUCCAGUGUUUUGUAACUGAUUCUGAGGGAGCUGCAAGUCUGAUCAGGUUAGGUUACUUUGGGUUUCUCUCAAGCUGUUGUUCCUUGCACUGACUGAGCAUUGUCUAAGUAUUUUUUUGCAUAAACCAAUGGCACACAUUUGAGAGUCCAAUCCUAAAGAGAACAUAUUAUGGAGUUGAAUGUUUGCAAGCAGUUGUGUCUGAUCAGUUUUUGUUAGCAUUGACCAAAUCCUUUAGUUUAUUUUAGAGCCACAAGAUCCAAACAUGUUUGUUGGGAUCUUGUGGCAUCUAGUGGUGAAGCAGGGAACUGCAGCUUCAAAACAUUCACCUAGCGUGGCAGAUUGGGCUGCCAUUCCUUUUCACAUAUUUGACUAAUUGAUAUAUUAUACAUCUUAACUGUACCAUGCUGUGAUGUUUUAAUCUAGCAAACCAUUAACUAGUUGUAGCAUUAUCUUUUUUUAUAUAAAUACAGUUGCCCAAUUUUAGUCCAUAUAGUUCCACUGUGAUAUUAAAGAAUCCUGGAUAUAUUAUUUUGCUUAAAUCCCAAACAUGUGCCUGCAUGAGAGGUUUUCAAGAUUAUUUCUGUCUGUUAAAAAAAAUGUCACUUUAGGUCUAUUUAUUAACAUCAGUUGGUAUUUGUGAAAACUCUACUUCUUCCUUAGACUUCUUGUUCUUUUAUCCAGAACUAUGAGGUUCAUGUCCCAUCCAGUGUUAUUGUUCAUAUCAUUAUUUGUUUUUUUUACAAUCUUUUUUGUUUGAUAUAGGGUAGAUUUAUCUUUUUUUUUUUUUUAUCUCUCUUAAUGGUCUUUGGGAUAUGUUGCAUUAAAAUGGGAUUAUGUGAAGUUAUUCUAGUUUUAUUUGGGAUCAUAUCAUAGUGUUAAAUGUCCCAAAUAGAGAUCAGAACCAGAUUAUAUAAAAAUCUACAGAAAAUAUUCAACAUUACAAUGACGCACUGAUUGGUUUGAUUAUGAAUCUUUAUCUCUAUUAUUAAUAGUAAACACUGACAUGCAUGGUUUUCUGGUGCAGGGAUACUGAAUGGAAGUAGAAGGUACGAAAUGAGAAUGAAGUUUAGGAAAGAUUACAGUUUUCAAGAGGCCUUUGUUUUUGUAACGUUUUGUAUGAGCAACUACACCAGUCUCCUUCAGUAGCUAUUGAUUUACUGAGAGUCUUGACAGCAUCUUUGCUUAAUACUCAUCUAAAAGUCUUUGUUUCCAAAUCACAACACCAAAUUUAGUUUCCUCUCAUUUUAAUAUUCUUUCAUUUUAAAGUGCCUUAAUUGUGCCCGCAGCUCGGUUGUGAAGCAUUACAGCCUUUGCAGAGAGAUUUUCUGUAAAUUUGUCGCUGACUUUUAUGUUUUCAUUAAAUCCUUGAAAGGUUGUACUUUUUUGCAGUAUUUAACUUAAUAUUGUAUGCAAACAUCAUCCUUUCCCUAAAAAAUAUACCUUAUGGACUUCCAUUAAUUAUAAGCCAAUACUGAUACUAGAUUUGUCAUUGUCAAGCUUGCUGUAUGCUGCAUUGGUUUUGGUAGCUGACUGAUGAACAUUAUUUGCUGGUAUAAAAUACAUUUGCAUCAAAUUGUUACAAAUGAAGACUUUAACUUUGAGAUGUAAAAGUCUCCAUAAGUCUUUCUUCUACAGUACAUCAAUGUAAUGAGAACAUUAAGAAAAUAAUGCUAACAAUGCUGCUUUGUAUCAAGAGGCACUUGUGAAUUUUGUUGCUAGUCAUAAUCAUGGUAAUUUUGGGAAAACAUGUUCCUUCAAUGAUUUUUUCUCUUUUUUUCAGGUGAAUUAGUGCCAAAUAGCAGGCAAAAGGACAAUCCAAUCAUAAGCCAGACAUAACCGUGACAGCUGUGGGGUCUGUUGUAAACUAAAGGGUGUAUUGUUGUUAUUUAGUGUACAGAGCACAAGUAUUUCCCAAAGCAUGUGAGAUUGACACCUGGAGAGCAAGCUGAUUACUUGUUUCUUUGUUUUUGUUUUUUUUCUGGUUCAUUUUGUGUACUGUAUCAGUGUUCGGGUGUAUGCACCUUUUUACAGUUUGUCAAACUGUCCAGUCUAAUGUAUAUAA